AUGCGAAUCCUCGCGCUGGCAAGCAUACUGCCCCGCUUAGAACGUAAACAGCAGUGCUACACCUUUUUUCACUUGUGCCUUUCAGGUGAACGACAGCCACUGACCAACAAGAACAAAGCUGACCUGAGAAACUUGGGCAAAAGUCUCGAUCCCGUGUAUCAAUCCAGCGCGGGUGUAGCUGCGGCAGAUAUAAAAAAGCUCCGCGAGGCUGGGUUUCACUCCGUCGAAAGUAUUCAGUUCGUCCCGAAGAAGGCACUCCUUGCCAUCAAAGGUAUCAGUGAAGCGAAAGCGGACAAAAUCACGGAGGCUGCACAGAAGUUGGUGCCUUUUGGUUUCACCACGGCAACCGAGUUCCAUCAAAAGCGGUCUGAAAUCAUCCAACUCACUACGGGUUCCAAAGAGUUGGACAAGCUGUUGCAAGGUGGCAUUGAGACUGGCUCCAUUACAGAACUGUUCGGUGAAUUCCGAACCGGUAAAACUCAGAUAUGUCACACUCUUGCCGUCACUUGCCAGUUGCCGAUUGACAUGGGCGGUGGCGAAGGUAAAUGUCUCUACAUCGACACGGAGGGGACCUUCCGCCCUGAGCGACUUCUUGCUGUGGCCGAACGGUACGGCCUGUCUGGCAGCGAUGUCUUGGACAACGUGGCCUAUGCCCGGGCCUACAACACAGACCAUCAGAUGGAACUACUCAUCAACGCCGCCGCGAUGAUGAGCGAGUCUCGGUACGCCCUUUUGGUCGUGGACAGUUCCACCGCUCUUUAUCGGACAGACUACUCUGGUCGCGGCGAACUAUCAGCCCGCCAAAUGCAUUUGGCCCGCUUCCUCCGCACACUUCUACGUCUCGCCGAUGAGUUCGGUGUCGCCGUCGUGAUCACUAAUCAAGUUGUCGCCCAGGUCGACGGAGCUGCGAUGUUCACUGCGGAUCCGAAGAAACCCAUCGGUGGUAAUAUCAUGGGGCAUGCUUCGACUACCCGACUUUAUCUACGAAAGGGGCGUGGUGAGACAAGAAUAUGCAAAAUCUACGAUAGCCCUUGUCUUCCAGAAGCAGAGGCGAUGUAUGCUAUACUUCCGGAUGGAAUCGGUGAUGCAAAGGACUGAGAUGAAACAACAAUAUGAUCUUUUGCCACGUGUUUCACAAAAAUUUCUUACUCCACUUCCUGUUGGACGAUUUUUCGACCGUUUUGAAUUAUUUCACUGAUAACUUUCAUAUUGUACAUAAUGCAUAUGCAAA